AUGCCAAGAACCGCGCUACCUACAGUAAUCCUAUUUUCUCUCAUUUUCCUGACGCAUUCGGUGCCUUUAAAAGUCCCGGAAGGGCUUGGAGACCUAUUUUGUGGAAAGCCGCCGAUUCACAUCUUGUUUAGUGGGGAGAGCGACUUAAAUUCCGAGAAAACCCAACACCAAAUUCUGGAGCUGGCAAACAGCACACAGGCCAAGGGCCGUACUGUCCUCGUCCAUCUCUACAACCAAAACUUCACCCUCAAAAACUCGGGCCCCGAUUCCUUGAUCAUCCACCACUGGCAAUCCGACCCGUGCCCAAAUUUAUCCACCAAACAGUGUGCUAGUCAUUUGUGUUUUGCAUACGGUGGCAGUAGUAUCGUCGUG